CUUAUAGUUUUCUAAAAAUAGUACUCAAACAGAAAAAAAAAAUGGAAAGACGCUUGAAGUCUAAAUUAGCUCCAAAAUUGGAAAGGAAAUAUGUGGAGAAAAAUAGAAGGAAUCAUAUGAAGAAUCUAUGUAAUCAACUUCAUUCCAUGCUCCCUACUCAUUCCUCUUCCUCUAAGGAAACAACAAUGACAGUACCUGAUCAAAUAGAUGCAGCAGUGAAGCACAUUGAAACCUUGAAAAUGAACUUAGAGAAGAACAAGAAGCACUUGGAAGAAUUGAAAAUGGGCCCAAAGAAGGCCCAAUCACUCAAUCAAACUAAUGAGCCCGGCCCAAUCACAAAGUCACCACCUCAGAUUGAAUUCCAUCAAAUGGGCCCAAACAUGGUCGUGGUUUUAAUAAAUGGCCUUCAGAAUAUAGCCACUUUUAAUAACAUCAUUAGGUUGUGCCAUAAGGAAGGUGUUGAAGUUAUAUCUACAAGUUUUAAACUCAAUGGAAACUCUACUCUACAGAUUUCUCAUGAAACUAAGGUGCAAAUCAAUAAAAGUUCACCAAUGGAAUUUAAGGCAACAAGUCUUUGUGAUAAGAUGAAGGAGUUGAUUUAUGGACCAUCUUGCAACAAUGACAUUGAAUCAAACCAACAUCUAUGGGACUACAUUAUUGAAUCUGGACUUAUAGAAUUUAAUGCAAUAGAGUUACCACCAAUAGCAAGUCAUAUGGAAAAUAUUUAUGAAACUCCUAGCUUUUUCUAAGUU